AUGUGGCAUUCCUGGCGCGGGGGAAAUUCGGCGGAGGUGUUGUCUCGCUACUGGGCACCCCGAGUGGCGGCGGCGAGACCGGCGGGGCCGUGCGCCAGUGGGUGCCGGUCCGCCAUGUCCGUCCGUCGCGUGCACAGUGCGCUCGCGCUCCUCGCUCUCGCGGCCGCCGCUCACGCCUUGAUCGACGACGCGCUCGACGUCAUCCGCCUGAGCAAGGAGAUCGGCGAGGAGGUGCUCAACUCUUGGGACGUGAUCGGGAGGCCGUUCAAUGUGACGGGGGGCGUCGAGCUGCCGCUGGUGAGGCGGCGCGAGAGGGAGGUGCUCGCGAGGCUGGCGCAGGUGUCGAGGACGAUCGAGCGCCUCGAGCUGAGGAUGGAGAGGCUCGGCUCGGUGGCGAUGCUGCUCGCCAAGACGGGCAGCCGCGGCGCUAGACUGGAGCUGCGCUUGCAUGAGAUGGCGGACCUGUUGAGCCGCGUCGCGUCCGCCAACAGGCAGAUGAGGGAGUACGUGAGGCUGCAACAGGAGCUGGAGCGGGCUACACUGGAGAAUUUCGCCGAGUGGUGCGUGUCCCACGACUCGGGCGGUCUGCCGAGCCUCCUUGAGCGCGUGCACUCGCUGAUAUCGCCGCCACACAAACACUUGUUGGGGAGGAGCAUACUAGAUCUGGUGUUGGAGGACCUGAAGGUUGGUACUGAACCGUUUGGGACGUUAACCUACAAGGUGAGGCCGAGGAAAUAUUCACGGUGCAAAACUGUUAAAUGCAGGAAACAUCGACUCCCAGCAACGGCUAAUUCUCCUAAUACGAAUGAAAAUGUAAGG